CUUCGGACCAAACUUAGGGUAUUAACCCUAAAUAUUUCCUUUUGAAAAAAAAAAGGUCUCGGUCGUUUUAGUUUUAGGGUUAUGUUGCCGGAAAAUAGCAAAAGCUGAAUUUCGUCGGGCUGGUGAUCGCGAUUCCGCGAAAGAAAAAAUGGCGGCCUGCAUUCUGCUUAAGAGUCAUGGUUCGAAAGCUCCGAGGAGGGAACUGGGAGCCGGCGGCUGGGGAUCGGUCUACAGCCAUUGGACUCAGCGGUGUUCCAAGGGUUACUUCCCGCCGAGUCCCGGCGUCGCAGGUUUCACCGGCGAUUCCCAAGAUAUUUCAACCCUCCAUUAUCUCGUUACGUCUGCUUCUGCUGGUGUGCUGCGUCGUGCUGGUGAUACUGUGUUGUACAGCUCUCAAGGCAUUAACCCUGACUACUAUUAUUUUCACCACUAUAUCAAGGAAAGAAUUGAGCCUUGGGCCUUUGAGGGUUCUGACAGUGAUCGUUGGGUUCGCAAGCUUCUCAACAGCCGGUUUGACGGCUUUGCUGAUGAGAUGACCAUCCUCCCUGAACCUGUGCUUCCAGUCGGUGAACCGGGCACGAAGAAGAUUCCUUGUGCCGCUUGGCAGAAGGUUUUUGACAAUUGUGUGAAGAGACAUGAGAAUGCAGUAGCUGGCAAGUGCGAGUACCUGAGGUGCAAGUUGUACGAGUGUCGUGCCACACAGAAUUGAGGCCUAUGGUGUUAAGCUGUAGGAGGGACAGCGAUUGAGAAGUCUGUAGCUAAUAGAGUUCUAUAGUAGUGAAUAUGUCACACACCCUCUUCUGCCCAAGAUCAUUGAUACUUUUGUCCAAGUAUAGUUACAUGUAAUUGUCGUUGAAUAGUUGUUCGGGAUUAUACUAGCAGAAUAUUAGGCUAUUGCUAAAAUAGGUCUAGGCGCAACCAAAUUGUCAUCAUUGCGUUAUGGGCUGGUGUUAAAUCUCAAUUGGGCAAGUGUGUAUAAUUUUAUAUUACUAUACUAUAAUUUCACUCCAUACUGUUCCCAUCCUACACCUGUUUUCUGCUACUUUUUUCUAGAGACAGAGAGAGAUGUUGGGAGGAAGAAGAGAGGAGUGGUUCAAGGGGUUUUUAGCUACUCAAGGUAUCUCCUCUUUCUACGAUUUACGUACAGGAUGAAUGGACAAUCUGCCUAGGCUGCAAACUGUUGAGAGCAGCUUGCCAAUUUACAAACUCGUCUGUGGGCAACGGACAGAAGAAUUUGAUUAAAGGAAGCUCAACAACAAUACUUUAUUUUUAUACGGAGUUCAACGUUACUUGAAGUACAAAAGUUGAGAAGCAAGAAAGUUUCCUUCCUGACAGUACUGCAACGACUAUAUAAAAUUGAGAAACAUAAUCGUCAAUAAUUUUAUAGUGAAACG